UUGUACAUUAGUGAGCUACAAUACUAGUGAGUAGUGAAUUUAUUUAUUUAUAACUGAUACCUUGGGGACACACAAAGGUUCAAGUAAAUAAGAUGGACUGAUACUGACUUACUGGGCAAUAAAUGGUUGUCUGGUUUUUGUGAGAAUAGCAGAGCUGGAGACACUUUGACAUGUGAGGAGAUAACCCACCUAAUUCCAGCAGAUGGCAGUAAAACAAAGACAGCUGCAGUCGCCACGACGAAGAAGAAGAAGACCAACAUGGCGUCCCUCGGCAGUGAUGUUUGGAGAGCUAUCUGCGACAAAUUCACCAACGCCCAAACCCUUACUGAAUCACGAAAUGACCCAGAAAACGACCCGUUCCGGUCCAAAUACAAGGCCAGGGAGCUUCUCAGAGAGAUAUACUGCUCGCUGAAGAAUUUCGAGGCCGUCGACGGUGAAGAGGAUGUCGACGGUGAAGAGGAUAGCGGCGGAGAGAGCGGCGACCAGCGGCCCACAGAGCCGCCAGUGGACGGGCAGAGGGAGGAUGUGUUCGGGCAGGGCUUCAGCGGCGACUCGCCAGCCGGGCUGCGGGUCGCUAAACUCGGGGCCAUUGAGUACUAUCUGGGCGUCAACCAUAUCGACACAGAGGAGCUGUCAGCCGGGCAGGAGCAUCUGAUGAACUGCAUGAAACUGCUGGAGAGAUGCAGAGUGUCAUCCGAGAAUGUGUCGCUGUUCAUCCAUGCCAGGAACCAGUUGGGCAUCCUUUGGGCAGGCCGCGAUGAGACGGAGACAGCUCAGGGAUUCCUUGAAACAGCAGAAUACAUCUACCAGCGUUAUAUGAAGGAGGAUGGGAGUCCUCCCACUGAUAUGACAGACUACUUUACUACUGAGGAGAAGCUGCUCACACAUCAGGACAGGACCAAGAGGUUUGAGUUGGCUUAUACUCAUACCAUGUACUAUCUUGCCCAAGUCUAUAAAAACCUUGGUGAGACUGAGCGUGCUGCCACCUACUGCCACACUACCCUGCAGAGACAAUUGCAGUUAAAUCAGUUCAGUCCAAUGGAGUGGGCUCUCAACGCUGCUACACUAUCACAGUAUUACAUCACUAAGGGCCGAUACAUGGAAGGCAGACAUUGCCUCUCAGCAGCUACUGUCAUAUCAGGUUUGGCAGGAGAGGUUCCUUCUGAGGCCGCAGCACAGGAGAGUGAGACAGAGAGUGAGCGCAGGGAACAGCUCAGACAGAAGAGGGCAGAGAUUGCGAGAUGUUGGAUCAAAUACUGUCUCAACCUCCUGCAGGAUGCGAAGAAGUUGCUGGAGGACAACAUUGGGGAGCUGGAUACUGAUCGCCAAGAGGAGCUGAAGAGAGCGAGGAGACGUGAGGAGGAGGAGGAAGAGAAGGGCCGGAAGAAUGCUCUGCUGUUUGGCUCUGGCCAAGGAGUUCUUUCAGAUGGACGGCUAUGUGACAGACCACAUCGAGAUCCUGCAGGAUCACAGUGCUCUGUUCCGGGGCCUGGCUUUCUUCGAAGAGGAUCUGGAGCGGCGCUGCAAAAUGCACAAACGACGGGUUGACAUGCUUGAGCCAAUCUGCAUAGACUUGAACGCCCAGUACUAUCUGUUGAUCCGCAGACAGUUGAUGUUUGAGUUGGCUGAGACCUACAAUGAAAUGAUGGACCUAAAACUGUCACUGGCCAAUAGACAGGCAGAUACACAGUCUCUAGAUAACCACACCAUAAAGAAAUUCAACAGUCUCUGCUCUGCCUCUGCCAAAUACUUCCAGAUGUUCCUGGACUCACUGUGCUCUCCAGAGGGGAAGCUUCCGGAGCACCUGGAGGAGGAGGUGCUCAGACCGGCUCUGGUAGCCCGCUUCAGAGUGGCCCGACUUUACAGCCGGCUGAUUUGCUCUCUGCCCUCCGUUCAGCUGGACAACCUCAACAAGUCUCUGGAAAACUACAAAUAUGUGGCACAGUAUUGUGAGGCCCACCCUGAGGCAGCAGCCGCUGUGGAGACAGAGCUGGAGCUCAGUAAGGAGAUGGUCGACCUGCUCCCUCUCAAAAUCAACCGCAUCAAAGCACGGAUGGCUUUAAACAACUGAAGGAUGGCACUGUUCACUGAGUGACGGUGUAAAGUACAUCCAAAUGAGUCAGUCAAUCUGUCAGUUUAACACCUUUAUAGUCAAUGGACACUCCAAACAAUUAGAGAAACUGGAUGGCAAGAUUGACUGACUUCCUUGCUUAUUUGUAUUGUUGGUGGCCUGUUUUUGUGCAGUGGGCAUGCUGCUUUCGCAAGACCGUUUGAACACAUUACACGCUGUACAUAUGUGCUCUUUUUUGUGUAGUAACAGUUGUGGUUAAUUCAGACACCACAUAAGAUAUACUGUCUUUAAGAUGAAUAUGAAAAUGUCUAGUCUGUUUCAUAUUUGUUUUCUACUGUUAAUCAUAUUGGUUUUCAUUUCAAGGGAAACGUUUAUAUUUUUCAACCUGUGUUUUUUUGUGAUUCAUGGGGACAACCAUUUUUGACGGUGUUUUAAAGGGUUAUUCCAAACUAAUGUGUUAAAACACCACAGUCGCACAGUAACACAAACAAACUGACAGAUCGAGGCAGUGGGAGACCAGCAACUCAGCCUGUCAGUGGCAUAAAGAAGUAUUUUUAGUGGACAUUCGUUGACGGUGCACAGUUGCCCCAUAGGAUUACGUUGCAGCCAGUUUCACAGCUGCAGCCCUGUCGCUCAAUACUGGACCACUUUUAAAAAUUAGUGCACCCAUUAGUAACAUUAGUAUGAUGAAAAACAUGGGAAAAUGGGGUCCAGGUCGAAAAAUAAAUAAGUUUCCCUUUAACGUGGCUUAUUUUCUGUAAAGCAACUCGGCACACUAAAAUUAUUUUUCUUCAGCUGCUUUUAUGUCUCUGAUGGUGAAACAAAUAUUAAACCUACUAUAACCAUGGUUAGUGCAACCGUGGUAAUAACGAUAGGCAGUACAGAUAGUAGAGUUGACGUAGUUUGUACUACUGACAGGUUGCUGUUCCUUCUUACAACUCAGAUGCUUGUUGUGGAAAUUAUCAGAACAGUUUCAGAAACAAAUGUCAUUAAGUGGACUUUAAUAGACAUCAUAUUCUGCAUGAUGCCAGCUUCAUAUUUAUCAUUAUACUACACACGGUUGUCUCAAAAUGCAAGUUGUAAUGCCACUCACAAAACAAAUUGAAUCUGUAUUUGCUUCCUUCCUGUGAGGAAUCACAAUGUCAUCCUGUUGUAUGUACUGUAAAUACUGUAUGUAAUGAUAAUAAACAAAGUAAUACUCA